CAGCAGCGGAACAACAUACCGUUCUGUCAUCAUCUCAGAUAGGAAAGCAUAAAAACAUAUCGGGUCGGGACAUAGUGUCGAAUGACGAAUUUUGUUGGUGAUAGUGUUGUGCGCUGAUACUCAAUGAUUGGAUUCCUUUUGUAAUCGCUCCUCUUCGGGUUCUUUCAUGCGAAGAAGCGCCUUGAGCAAACAUCUCACCAAAUUGCGCUUAAUCACGCUGCAUACGCGGCAAUUAUUUUUUGUGGACACACCUGUGUGUUCACAUAAGAGGGAGAGAUCUGCACCGUCGUCGCCAUGGACGGGAAAGUACACGCUGAGAAGAAGAAGAAUCCCAGACAAGGUGCCAACUUCCUCAGCACCCUGACGUUUAGUUGGAUUCUACGCACUUUCUGGGUGGGUUACCGCAGAGAUCUUGAAGUAACUGAUUUGUACAAACCGCUUAACGAACAUACAAGUGGUAUUCUUGGUGUUAAAAUAGCGGACGCCUGGGAGAAAGAACGCAAGGCGGCGCAACAUCGGGGCAAGGGGGCACGGCCCAGCCUGUUGAAAGUCAUCAUCAAGUGCUUCGGCGUCAAGAUCGCACUUUAUGGAAUACUAUUGGCAAUCAUGGAGAUUGCACUUAGGGUGUUGCAACCGCUAUGUCUCGGCCGAUUGUUGCGAUAUUUCAAUACGAAGGAGAUGGACUCGACGGAAGCGUACUGGUACGCCGCUGGCGUGAUCUUGUGUUCCGCCGUCAAUGUGUUCGUCAUCCACCCCUACAUGAUGGCGAUAUUGCACAUGGGCAUGAAGAUCCGCGUGGCCUGCUGUUCACUGAUCUACCGCAAGGCGUUGAAGCUCACGAGGACCGCGUUGGGGGAGACGACGAUCGGCCAAGCGGUGAAUCUCCUGUCGAAUGACGUGAGCAGGUUCGACGUGGCCAUUAUAUUCUUGCAUUAUCUAUGGAUCGGGCCCGUGGAGACCAUCGUCCUUAUGUACUUCAUGUACAUAGAAGUCGAGAUAUCCUCGGUUAUCGGGGUGGCUGUUCUACUGCUGUUUAUACCUUUGCAAGGUUGGUUGGGUAAGAGAUCAUCUGUUCUGAGAUUGAAAACCGCCAUCAGGACCGACGAGAGAGUGCGAUUGACGAAUGAGAUUAUCACCGGAAUUCAAGCGAUCAAGAUGUACACCUGGGAGAAGCCAUUCAGCGCGCUCAUCGAAAUGGCGAGAAAGAGAGAAAUCGAUGUCAUCAGAGCGACGUCGUACAUUCGGGGUGUUACGAUGUCGUUCAUCAUCUUCACCACAAGGAUGUCAUUGUUCAUCACGGUGCUGGUUUACGUACUGUUUGAUAACAAGAUAACAGCCGAGAAGGUCUUCAUGGUCACCGCUUACUACAACAUCCUACGUACUACGAUGACGGUUUUCUUCCCCCAAGGAAUAACGCAGACGGCGGAAGCGAUGGUGUCCAUCCGACGUCUGCAGAAAUUCAUGAUGUACGACGAGCUCGAGCACGCGGGUAAAUCUGAGUCGAUGAUCAACGGGAAGGAAAAGUUCAAGAACAUCAUAGAGAUGGAUAUUACGGGGAAUAAAACGAAGGAAGGAAAGAUCGACCAGGAGAAGGACGAUCAGCAAGAAGUGCGACAUGAUCAAGGCGAUCACGGCGACCACGGCGAUCAGAACAAGGAGUACAUCAUCUCCAUCGAGAACGCCACCACGAAAUGGUUGGUCGAAGAAAAAGAAAACACCCUGCAGAACAUCACUAUCAAAGUGCGACCCGGCGAACUGAUCGCCGUCGUCGGCCAAGUCGGCGCAGGCAAGAGCAGCCUGAUGAACGUUAUCCUGAAGGAGUUGCCUUUACAAUCCGGUACUAUUAAGGUAAACAGCGGUGUCGCUUACGCGAGUCAAGAGCCGUGGCUGUUCGCCGGAUCGGUGAGGCAGAAUAUCCUGUUCGGCCGUAAGAUGGAUCAGAUCCGAUACGACCGCGUGAUCAAAGUAUGCCAGCUGAAGAGAGACUUCAGCCUGUUACCUUACGGCGAUAAGACCAUUGUGGGCGAGAGAGGUAUCAGUCUCUCCGGCGGCCAACGCGCAAGGAUAAACUUAGCGAGAGCCGUCUACGCCGAGUCCGACAUAUAUCUUCUCGAUGAUCCUUUGAGCGCCGUGGACGCUCACGUAGGCAAGCACAUGUUUGAGGAGUGCAUCGACAAGUAUCUGCAAGGGAAAACUCGAAUUUUGGUGACUCAUCAGUUGCAGUAUUUACGAAACGUCGGCAGGAUUAUCGUGUUGAAGGAUGGAGCUAUCCAGGCUGAAGGAACGUACGACGAAUUGGGUUCCAUGGGGGUGGAUUUCGGCCGACUGCUGGAGACUCAAACUCAAACAGACGAAAAUCAGCCUUCUUCGACGCCAAUCAGCCGUAGCAACUCACGUAACGCCAGUAUCACGUCGCUCAGCUCGUUCAUGACGAACGACACCUCCAGGCAGGAGCCGGACGAGGUGGCUGAGAUGCGAACGGUCGGCACUAUUUCCGGCAAAGUCUACUCGGACUACUUCCACGCGGGCGGCAACUGGUGCUUCAUUAUUACGGUCGCUUUGCUCUGCAUCUUAGCGCAAGCCGCCGCCAGCGGCGGUGACUUCUUCCUCGCGCGCUGGGUAGACUUCGAAGAGAUACAUGUAAACAAAACGGCGAACGGCACGGUGGUGGUCGACCCGAGUCCUCUCUCCCGGCAGGCCUACAUCUACAUCUACACCGGGGUGACCGUAUUGACCAUCGUCAUAACCCUCGUCCGUUCGUUCUCCUUCUUCUGGGCGUGCAUGCGCGCCUCCAGACGACUGCACGACAACAUGUUCCGCUGCAUCAGCCGCGCCACUAUGCGCUUCUUCAACACCAACACGUCGGGACGCGUACUGAAUCGUUUCUCCAAAGACAUGGGCGCGGUGGAUGAGCUGUUGCCAAUCGCCCUGAUCGACUGCAUCCAAAUCGGCCUGGCGUUACUCGGCAUCAUCGUCGUGGUCGCCAUCGCGAAUCCUUGGUUACUGAUACCCACCGUGAUCAUCGGGAUCGUAUUCUACUACCUGAGAGUCUUCUACCUGGCCACCAGCCGCAGCGUCAAGCGUUUGGAGGGCGUGACACGUUCGCCGGUCUUCGCUCAUCUGAGCGCGACUCUGCAAGGACUGCCGACGAUUCGUGCUUUUGAGGCUUCGGAAAUCCUUACGAGAGAGUUCGAUCGUCACCAAGAUCUCCAUUCGUCCGCGUGGUACAUCUUCAUCGCUUCCUCGCGCGCGUUCGGCUUCUGGCUGGACGUUUUCUGCGUGGUGUAUAUUGCGUUGGUCACUCUGAGCUUCCUGGUGUUGGAUAACGAUGGUCCCGGCUCGAUGGACGGCGGCAGGGUGGGCCUGGCGAUCACCCAGAGCAUCGGCCUCACGGGAAUGUUCCAGUGGGGCAUGCGGCAGAGCGCCGAGCUCGAGAACCAAAUGACAUCGGUGGAACGCGUUCUCGAAUACAGCAAGUUAAGCAGCGAGCCUCCUCUCGAGAGCACCCCCGACAAGAAACCGACGGACGAGUGGCCGGAGGAAGGCAAGAUCGAGUUCAAGAGCGUGUGGAUGCGCUACGCGCCGUUGGAGCCGCCCGUGCUGAAGAACCUCAGCUUCGUCAUCCAGCCGCGCGAGAAGGUGGGCAUCGUCGGCCGCACCGGCGCCGGAAAGUCUUCCCUCAUCUCAGCGCUCUUCCGCCUGGCCGACGUGGAGGGUCCGAUCGAGAUCGACGGCGUCGACACGAGCACCAUCGGCCUGCACGACCUGCGCUGCAAAAUCAGCAUCAUCCCGCAGGAGCCGUUCCUCUUCUCCGGCACACUCCGGCGCAAUCUCGACCCCUUCGACACGUACAAGGACGACGUGUUGUGGCAGGCGCUCGAGGAGGUCGAACUGAAAGAGAUGGGCCUGGAGGCGCACGUCAACGAGGGCGGUUCCAAUCUCAGCGUCGGCCAGCGACAGUUGGUUUGCUUGGCGCGCGCCAUCGUGCGCAACAAUCCGAUACUCGUGUUGGACGAGGCCACCGCGAACGUGGAUCCGCGCACCGACGAGCUCAUCCAGAGGACCAUCCGCAGGAAGUUCGAGAGUUGCACGGUGCUCACGAUCGCCCACAGGCUCAACACUGUUAUGGACAGCGAUCGUAUUUUGGUGAUGGACGCCGGCAGCGCGGUGGAAUUCGAUCAUCCUCACCUGCUGCUGCAGAAGGAGACCAGCUUCCUGAAGAGCAUGGUGAACGAGACCGGCAAGGCGAUGGCGGAGGCCCUGGCCGGCGUCGCCAGUAACAGCUACCGCGAGCGUGCGUCCACGACGCUCUGAUCAGCGUGCCCGCUAAUUGUCUAAUCGCCUGCGGCAGAUCACAGACAGAAUACCGUCCCGGUAGCCGAAGUUGAAGGUCCGCCGCGAGUCGUUCCCGCCGAGCCUUGGAUCCAACCGAAUCUCCAGGAGGAGCUCCAACUUUCCGCCAGGACAGCAGGGAAAUUAAGAACGAACGGGGAGAUUCGUCCGGAUAAACACGGAGAGAUCGUAGUUCCGAGGAGUUUCGAGGUUCCGAGGGUAGCCGAAGCGUCCGGGGAAGCCGAGGACGCGAUAUGAUUCUUGGUCGAGUCUAUAUCGGACAGGAUCUCUCGCAGGACACGAGAUUAAUUCGAGGAUCCAAAGGACCCGGAGAGACGCCAGCAGGACAGGCGAGAGGAGCGACGAGGAAUCUUCACUGGGGGGGGAUUAAUGAAUUAAUCAUCGUUCUUACCGCAAGCUGCGCGGCCUUAUAGUUGGACGUUUCAUUUUUGUUACUAUUUUUUUUCUGUCCCCUUCUCCAAUUAGUUCGUCGGGAAUUCUCAGCCAUAUCGCAGCGCGGUCCGCUAUUAUCGCCGGUAUAUACCGGGUGUCUGAACAUUUCCGGACAACCUGGCGAGUUUUUCGAACGAAGAGGAGGAAAGGAGAGGAGAUGAAAAGUUCCCGCCAAUCGACGCGUCUGCGGUAACAGUAUUAUUACGUCAUUCUUAUGUGUCAGUCUGACUCAGAUUUCGUCGGGAAGCUCAACCUGUCGGAUCUCACCGGGAUCUCUCCUCAACGAUCAUCGCGAACGCUUUCAGGGAAUCAGUCGGGAUUCGUGGGAGGUGCUCAAAGGCAAGGAUUUUUUUUUUUUCACUUAAUUAUGGCCGAGAAUAAUUUUGUCUUAGCAACGAAAGGGAAAGAAAGAAGGAAAAACCAGAAGGGAAUAAUUUUAAAUGUAAGCGGAAAAAAGAUCAGGGGAUGCGCGCGCGAAAAUGAAGAACAAAGAAUGCUAAUGACCACAACAAAAGGUCUUUUGUAUUUUCCAAGAGUCUGCAUAAUCGUCGAGUUCUACGAUUGUAAACAUUUGAAAGAUUUGAGGAUCACGAGACCGAAAUUUGUUACCCGAUCAAUCGGCCGUUGAUUGUGAAACUGUCGCAGCGCGGAGAAGAAAAGUGGGAGGGUGAGGCGUCAUAAUUGAGACGAGAUUUUGACUAGCUAGAAUUUAAGGAGAUUGUAAGGCUCGUAUUUUUAGUGACGACUAUCAUAUAUAUAUACAUAAAUAUAUAUUGAUAUAUAAUUAUAUAUUUUAUAUAUAUGAACAUAUUCUAUAUAUAGUUAUAUGAGAAAUCUUUCCGACAGAGUAUACAUGUUCGUUUUACUACCUAAAUAAUCAAUUUGCAUAUAUCUGCAUAUUGUAUAGUUUUUAAUAUCAUAGUAAUUUUUUAUCAAAAUCUCAUUUUUAAUUUGGGAGAAAUGAAAAAUGGCACGCUAAUCUCAAGGAACGUGUAUAAAUAGUGUCAAAUUAGUUGCAAAUAUCUCAGCUCUGGUCGAGCUUUUUCUAAUUAUACGGACCAGUCGGAAUAACAUUUUUUAAUGUGUACAAGUAAUGCGAGUUUCAUCGAAUUCUCAUCAAACUCAUUUCGCCUUACAACUUCCUUAAAUGCCCGCGUGAACUCUUCGGGCGUUCCUCGAGGAAUUGCGCUACGAUCGAUCGCUGGGAAUUAAUCCCUGAGAGACUCGAUUGAUCCUCGACAACUCGGCCGCCACGCAGGAUCCUUGGUGAACCGGCGGGCUGACGUGGACGUACUUAACGUUAGAUAACACAGCAAAGAACGAUUCUUUUAUAUAUAUAUAUGUAUAUAUAUAUAUACACACACGCACGUUAUAUGAACAUAUACUCCGACAAGCGCGGAUACACACGGGGUGUCCGGCGAGAACGUCGCGGCUAGAAGCGGGUCCAUAAUUCGUCGUACAUCACUGCCAGCGGAUAGUCCGGUCGGUUCCUUCCUCUUUCUUCACCGGGUCCACCCCGUAUGCGUGUGCAUUCACCGUUUUUUUCCCGCGACAAUUCACAAUGUUCCUGCUCCGUUUAUUACAACGCCGAUGCUACAAGUACAAGCGAGACCAAAAGGGGGGAAAAUAGAAGGAAGAUGUAGGAAAAUAUAUUCAGGUGCCUCCGUAAUAAUAAUAAUUAUAAUAAUUAUUGCGAGGAGCGAGACACUUAUAUAUGUUAGGUACGCGCGGAUACUUACGAGAUACGUCGUUUUCUUUUUCUAUUACCUCUAUUGUUACUAUCGUACGUUACUUUACCGUCGCUCCUGUGUUAUUACUACCUUCACAUCGUUGAUGUUAAGCGAAAGCCUGCGGCGUAUAUUCGAGCUUUCAUCGUGUAAAUAAUGCAGAAUCAAAAGUGUAAACACACGAAAAAAAGAAGAAAAGAUAGAAACGGCGAAAUAUCAAAGUACUUAAGUAUAUAUACACACGCACUCACUCACACACACACACACACGCGCGCGCGCCUUCUAUGUAUCGAUCGCGUUUUGUACUUGCGAUUUUUCUACGCCGAGCCUGAAGAAGAGAAAAACCCGUGAUAGCGACACAUUUGUCUGCGGCUUUUGAUGCUCUUUUAUGCGCGCAUAUGUACGUAAAAACCUAUAGUUUGGCCUCUGAAAGGUGAGAGCGAGAUGGAAUAGCGAUUUCGUGUGAUUUUUCAAGAUUGAGAAAUAUCUCGAGACAUCGAGAAGCCUGAGAGAAACAUCUUGCGAUCGUACGUAAUCGCACGUCCUCCCGAAAUCACAUGCUGAACGGAGGACAGACGGACGAUCGCGGUCAUGGUCGUCAGUCUAUGCGCGGCGAGGUCUUCGUCGUUUCCCUCAGUAUCGAUACCACCGAGUACACCAGCGAGUCCGAUCGGCCACUUUAAUGAAGUUCGAUAUUAUAUAUAUAUAUAUAUAUAUCGAAUCUUAAUUAUGAAUGACGAAUAUGUCGAAUAUAUAUGUCGUAAUCAGAACGUACAGAGUGGUGUCGGAGUGAUUAGGUCAGAACGAUGAUGAUUUGAUACACAGUUUUAUACACGAAGUGGCUGGUAUGGUUGCGGGGGUGUACCGAUAGCGAGAAGAAGAUAGAAAGAAAAGAAGACGAGGAACACGGAGAGCGACGAGCGAGCGCCUCGUGACAGAGAGGGGGUGCGUAUAUAUAUAUGUAUAUAUAUAUAUGUCCUGUACAUGAAGCGAACGUCCGUUGUAAUCCGUCAUUAAUCAAUAUUUAUUACGUAGGUAGAUGCAUUGUACUUUUAGGUGGUAGAUCGAAUUAUUACAAGUACCUUACGUACAAGUGCCUAUGUAACGCUAUUGUAAAUGAGAAAUACAAAAUACAAAGGAUUA